AUGGCACAUCUGACACGAUGGGGUAUCAUGGCCACGGGUGGUAUCGCAAAGACAUUCGUCCUUGACCUUCUCAAGGACCCCGCGACUCGUGAUGCUUCGGAUAUUUCCCACCAAGUCGCAGCUGUCGCUUCAUCCUCAUCUAAAGAUAGGGCAGACCAAUUUAUCGUGGACGUUGGGAUUCCAGCACCCUGUGUCGCAUACGGCUCUUAUGAGGAGCUUGUUGCCAACCCUAACGUGGAUGUCGUAUACAUUGCCACACCACACUCUCACCACUAUCAAAAUGCCCGGUUGGCUCUCGAGGCAGGCAAGCAUGUACUGUGUGAGAAGGCCUUCACGGUCAAUGUAGAUCAAGCCAAGAUCUUAUGCGAACUUGCUCGCCAGAAGAAUCUCUUCCUCAUGGAGGCCGUCUGGACUCGCUACUUCCCGUUGAGUGUUCAAGUGCGCCAGCUUAUCCAGCAGGGAGCCAUUGGUGAGGUUUACCGGGUCAUCGCCGAUACAAGUUUCAGUGAUGACCCCGAAAAUAAAUGGGGUCCUGAAAACCGCAUGGUGAACCUUGAUCUGGCUGGUGGUGUGCUAUUGGACUUGGGCAUUUAUUCUCUCACUUGGGUCUUCCAGGCGCUCUAUCACACUCUUCCUCGAGAUCAAAGAAAGGCACCCAUCGUCACAUCACAAAUUAUUCCCUAUCAUUUGACGGGGUCUGAUGAAUCCACCACUAUUCUGCUCAAUUUCCCUACUUCUACACCAUGCAAUGGUCCUCAUGUCAAGCACUCGCAGGGCAUUGCUAUGACAAGCAUGCGUGUUUCCAAUGAUCCGGAUGAGAAGGGCACUUCCGGUCCCCCGAUCCGCAUCCAGGGCGAUAAGGGUGAGAUUCAGGUAUUUGGACUUCCCUUCCAGCCUACCCGGUAUCGCGUUAUCCCAAAGAAGGGUCUCGGUGAGACUCGGGAGGUUGAAUUCUCGUUCCCAGCACAGGGCCGUGGCAUGUACUGGGAGGCUGAUGAGGUUGCCCGGUGCUUGAGAGAUGGCAAGUUGGAGAGCGAGGGAAUGCCUUGGGAGGAAAGUCUUGUGAUUAUGGAGGUUAUGGACGAGGUGCGCAGACAGGGUGGGCUGAAGUAUCCUAAGUCAAUCGAGUCGACCAAGUACCCCCUUCAGCUGUAG